CUAUCUUAAGAUUAUCACUCUAGAGCAACGUUACGCGACGUCCACCUAUUCAGGCCCGUCAAAUACCGCCAGCCUUUUUUGAUAAUAUGCAAAAUGGUGCACAGCACGCGGUACCCAUCAUCGUUCUCCUGUAAACGGCCCUCUCACAUCCAUUCUCGAACGCUUUUCCGCUACUUUCACCGCAAUACCGAUGACACAACCUCUCUCCAGCAACGUCCAAGGUGGUCCAUCUUCUCUCGUAGUCUUCAUAUCGUUGAAGUUCCUGCAGUACGGGACAGAGGUUAUAUUUACUGCUCCACCGCCGCCACAAAAACACAGCAGCAAACCCAAUCGCACGGCCAUGGGUCGCCCGCGAUACCGCCUGCUCCAGGUACUAAUCCUACUAUACCACGUCCAAGACAUGCGCAUUCGCUACCUGUCCGUUUGUUGGCUCAUCUGGUACUUUUUCUCUGCUGCGCGUCUCCUCAACACGCCGAUGCCAAUGCACAAUCAACACAGCAGCAGCAAGGCCAAGCCUAGGCCCAGGCGUCAUCAUCACAGACCCAGUCUGCCGUUCGCUUCGUGCUGUUUCUUUGUUGCACAUCUCCCCCAUAUACCGAUGGUCAUUAAGGUACACAACUAUUUCAUAUCAUUUGGCAACUACGUACAGCAAUCUUGUUUCCUCGCCACGAGACUUGUACAAUGUAUCAAACUCAAUGUCAACCGUUGCGAAAGGAACAUGCUAAGAUCAAUUAAGAGGAUGAAAGCCUGGGAGCUGGCGCGGAUGAUGGUACUGGGUAAUAGGGGCCGCAUAGCAACGGAGGGGAUCCGGCAGCUCGGUGUUCUGCCCCUAUGUCAGCUCCAAGAUUCUAGCUCUCUCUACGCAUCCCACCUGCACCUGCGGCUGAACUGGGUUACCCUCUACCAGGGGAAUCACCCGCCGAUGCGAACAUGAGUGCGUGCGCAUGAAAUCGUGUACAUAAACCGCGACAUCACAACGACGCGUGAACAGCACUUGAGGAAGGAUGGAGAUUGUGCAACCGAAAAGGGCAGGAUGACAGAGGACGAGCUUACCAGGGCGGGGGCUUCAACCGCAAGACGAAGGCAAGAAAGAUCCAAGACAGGCGGCAUUUCAAGUGCAAAACCUGACGGGCACAUGGCAGAAGCUUGGCAGGACAAGGAAUCUGAGAUAUGAUGAAAAGGGGGCCAUAGUAUGCAAGGCCGCAGAAGAUGAAAGAAGAAUGACAGAGACAAUCGAGGACAACACGAGCACGCGGAUGCAACAGCAAAGUGACGGGAUGGAAAUGGAGAGGCGCAAGUCAAUAGUGCACGGGGAAUUAACGUUUCAUCGUUUAAC